GUCAGCGAUUCAAAUGUAUGGGAGAUUUUGAUAAACAGUGACGUAUUUGCUCGAAAGUGGUGCCUAAAAUUGAGUGGAAAUCGUGAUUUUAGGCCGUUUUUCCGCCCAAAUCUUUGCGUCAGCUUGUGAAGUGGAGUUCAAUGUUUACGAAGGAGCACGUGAUAUAGGGAAAUAGCGCAAAAUUUGUGCCUUUUUCGUGAAUAUUUAUCCACUAAGUUGGGAGACGAGAGUGAGAGAGAGUCGUAAGUGAACUGCGCAUCUUACAUAAAUGUACAUAUAUUAUGUUGGAAAAAUUUCACUUGCUGUUUUUGUGCACAAUUUCUCGACAUUUUGCUGCAAUCUGCUGAAAAAGUGCCACAACUCAAGAGACACUGCCAAGUGGUUUAGUGAGAUUUUCCAUGUGAAAAAAGGUGAUAUUGAAUUUUUCUAAUAUGAAUCAGCAGAUAAUCACUUGUUGAAUGUAGUGCUUCAAUGGUGUUUAAAAUGACGUCCCAAUAGCUACAUAAACACCAACACACCUACACUGCUUUUUUUUUUCUUCUCUCUGAAAAUUUUUCUCCAUGAACACAAUCACCAAGUGAGAAUUAUUUGAAAAAAAAAGAGAACUCUGGAAACAGAGUCAAGACCCAUUCUGUGAGGACAAGUUCCAGUUCAUUGGCAAACGGAUAGAAAUUCCCACCUGGAAGUGCCUCUGAAAGUGACUUUGGCGCGAGAUUGAAGAGGAAAAUUUUGGCAAAUACAGUGAAGGAAAAGGUGUGUUUGUGACCAAAUAAAUACAAAACAAUACCUCCUCAUCAAACCACCAACACAUUUGUGCUGCUAGUGAAAUCCAAAGAGGCCAAAAAAAUGGUGGUUGGACUGCAAGCGCUAGAAUUCGCGGACUGUUUGUUGGAUAGCCCUGAAUUUCGGGAAAAUCUCAGUAGACAUGAAAAAGAGCUGGAUAAAACCAGUCAGCAGAUUAAGCGGAUUAUAAAGGAAAUUAAGGAUCUGUUAACUGCUGCAAGAAAUUUAUCACGAGCACAGCGUGCACUGUCCAAGAGUCUUGGUGAAUUCAAUUUUGAAUUUAUUGGAUCAAAUCAGACGGAAGAUGAGCAGACGAUCGUUGCGAGCUUGGAACAAUUUAGCCAGCUGAUUAAUACAAUUGAAGAAGAGCGUGGACGGAUGUUGGAACAGACACAAGAUAACAUCGUUAGUGCAUUGGAGUACUUUAGGAAGGAACAUAUUGGAGGUGUAAAGGAGAGAAAGAAGCUAUUCGGCAAGAAGACGGCCAAAUUUUGUCAAGCACAAGAGAGAUUUCUCAGUAUGUCAACAAAAAAAUCCGACCUUAUAAUUCAAGAGGCGGACGCGACUCUUGGAAUGCUCGAAAGGGAAUAUCUUGGAGAAAGUCUCAGCUAUGUAUUGCGAAUUCAGGAAGUUCAGGAACGUAUUAAAUUUGAAUUUGUUGAGACAAUUUUAAGAUUUAUGUCCGGUUGGCUCGUUUUCUAUCAUCUGGGUCAUGAGAUAUCUGAAGAAUACAAGACAUAUAUAAGUGAUCUUCAACUUAAAAUACAAAAGACGAGAGAAAAUUUUGACGAAACUCGAACUAAAGCUGAAGAAUUGAAAGGCAAAUACAAAGAAAGUAAAAUGAAACCUGAAUCAGAGUACACCAAACAGGGGUAUCUGUUCCUCCUGGAAAAGAAAGCAUUCACAGCCACAUGGUCCAAAUACUAUUGCACUUAUAAGAAAGACAAGAAGCAAUUUUCAAUGGUAUUCUACAAUCAAAUAUCUGGGCGAACGGAAGCCCAGACGGAAACCUACAAUCUCUCUUCGUGUACGAGGAGAGCGUCAGACUUUGAGAAACGCUUCUGCUUUGAUCUCACCUUUGACCAGAAGCCAGGAAUUAUCUUCACAUUCCAGGGAUUGAGUGAGGAAGAUCGGAAAUCAUGGCUUAAUGCAAUGGAUGGCAAAGAACCGACCUACUUGACACCAGGAAAGUCGCAGCAGAGCGAUGAGUAUCACCUGGAUGAUGUUGGUUUUGCCUUUGUACGGAAAUGCAUAGAAAUCCUAGAGACGAGGGGUCUUGAGGAAGAGGGGCUGUAUCGAAUUGGUGGAAUUGGAACGAAAAUCAGCAAAAUCCUUUCUCUGGGAAUGGAUAGGAAGAAAAAUGAAAAAGAUCGUUUUCAAUUCGUUACUGAGGAUCAGUACAGUGAUUUGCUGGAAAGUAAAACAAUCGCUAGCGCCCUCAAACACUAUCUGCGGAAUUUAAAUGAACCCUUGAUGACCUUUAGACUUCACAAUGGAUUUAUAGCUGCUGCAAAACUUGAUACUCGAAUUCAGCGACUAAGUGAGGUGCAUACGUUAGUACACAGAUUGCCAAAAUCUAAUUUUGAGAUGCUAGAGAUUGUCAUAAGGCACUUGAAAGCAGUGUCGAUGAAAUGUCAUAAGAAUAAAAUGUCAGUAUUUAACUUGGGAGUGGUAUUUGGACCAACACUUCUGAGAGCUAUGGAGGAAACUGUGGCCUCAAUAUUGGACAUUAAGUUCAAUAAUGUUGUCAUAGAGAUCCUUAUUGAGAAUUAUGAUCUGAUUUUUAAGAGUACUCCCGGAAGGGCAUCAGACUAUCUUAUACAUUCCAAUCCACCUGAAUCCAUUCCCCGGAGUCAGUAUCAUGGAAAGAGUGUCUAUUCUCAGCAACCACUUGUAAGGGUUGUCGCAAAGUCCAACUAUACCGAUCCAGUGAUGUCAUCGAGCUUACAGAACAUUCCAAAUGGAAUGAUGCUGUAUCAGAAUAAUAGUCCUAUGAGUAUUCCGGGAUCAUCCUAUCAUCAGAAGUAUGAACUAAAAUCUUCUACGGGAACAUCACAGUCAACCCAUUCGCUGCCACAUAGCGAAGUAAAACUCUCCCCACGCGAUAUGCCCAUAAAUCGCGAUACACUCUAUAGCGCAAUACGGAAUUCAAAUCGUGGCCAAGACACCAUUCAGCCAAAUCAUCACAACUACAGCAAUUUGCGAAAAGUGAGAGAUCACAGUCGCGAUGCCAAGUCAUCAGGCAGGAUGCAGCACAGCAAUGGCGAUGAGAUGUACGAAGCGACAACAAAGCGUCUCAAUGCUAUGACAUACAGCGAAUCCAAUUUAAUUCAACCUCGAGAAAUUGCUAUUGUCGAUCGUAUGAAUUCAACUAGUAGCUCCAAUGAGUCUGUCUGUUCGACAUCCAGUCGUGAUCUUAUGCACUACACGUGCAAGAGUCAUGUGCAGCCCACGGCGGUCAAUUCGGCAGCAGAUUGGACGUAUCCCCAUCAUACCACACCCAAUAACACUAGUCACAAUGUCAUACCAAAGAAGAGCUACAUGAGGAAUCGAUAUGGCAGUGAGCAGAAGGAUAUUCUGUCCAAUGAUCAAGUUCGCGUCCGGACACUGUAUGCCUGCAUGGCGGAGAAUGAUGGAGAGUUGUCUUUCGAACCAAAUCAAAUCAUUACCAAUGUUAAACCAUCGAGCGAGGCUGGUUGGUUGGAAGGGACACUUAAUGGCAAAUCUGGCCUUAUUCCACAGAACUACGUCGAAAUUAUCCCAUGAAAAUAAGACGAUAAUCCCAAUUAACGGCAAUAUUUCGGUGGGAAAUUUCAAAAAUUGUAUUUUCGUUUUGUUUUUCUUUGGAAAUUUGAAGAUAUUCCUUUCAUAAAUUUUGUAAAUUAUUUUGAGAAUGUUUUUUUUUGGUAUAAGUUGAAAUGAAUAUAAUUUUCUUUCAAGUUCUAGUUUGUAGGGAGGUUGCCUUAGACUUUCAGAGUAUGCUUCGUGAAAAUAAUUUAGGUCACGCCCCUUUUAGGAAUUAUAGUCAAGUUAGGAUGAUUUUUUUCAUUUUGUAUAUCUAUAAAAAAUGUUAUAAUACUACCCAAUUAGAUUAUAAACACUAUUUCAGUCUUAUCUAAAGUUCCUUUCACUCUGAGAAAAAUAAACCACGCCCACAGUAAGCAAGUGAUUUUUCGGAAAUCUCAAGGGGUUACUCAAACUUGGAAUACCGACACAUUUUUUCGUUCGAAUCUAUGGAAUCCAUGGAAUCACUCGUAAGAUUCUAAUAGGAUCUGAAAUACAAUUCCUUCAAGAAUCACCGGAGUCAAAUGGAAUCACAGAAUCAUUCUUAAUUCAGCGAUAGAUAAGCUAUACUACAUUACAGAUUUCUAUGGAUUUUUUUCUUAUUUUCCAAAGAAAAUUGGACAUUUUCAACUACAACAACAAUCAUAUAACACGUCUCAUUCAAAAAUAAAUACGAUUUCUCCCGUGGCGGAUACAAACUAAAAUACCCAGUCAGCAAAUGCGGUUAAGGCGGACCCCCGGGAUACCAAGAACAAAAUCGUUCUUCAAUAUUUUACACAGAUUGAGGUGCCCAUUCUCUUCGAUUAAUAAGAGGCUCUAUUUAGAGACAAGGAUUCAGAUAGGAUUUUAGAAAGACAGGAGCCAAAUUGAUGAACUAUCCCCAAAAGAAAUCGUUUUUUUUUCGAACGCAAAGAACAAAAGUUUCCUAAAAAAAUUGUAAAAAAAACUUAAUUAUUAGACUUUGAGCUUAAUUAAGAAUCAAUAAAGGAAAACAAUCUGGAAACUUACGAUCUGUUUUUCGAGGAAAUCACUGCCGAUUUAAGCGAUUUUGGAGGAUUUUGACAAAAGGUACAAAAGCAUUUUCAUGUAUCUGAGUAGCCUUCCAUUCCAGGAAAUUGAAUUUUAAGUUUGAGGAUCCCAAACGAUGUUCUUACUGAGUUAUCUCACUUGUAUAUUAAAAUUUUAAUAUGAUUCACAUUAAUUGUCGCUGGUGAGAGUCCAAAUGUGUAAUUUGUGUGUUGGAAUCAUUUUAUAUUCAAAAUUUGAUCUAUUUGUUGAUAAGAAGGUAGACUUGGCCCGCAAAAUUUGAUAUAAAUUGAUUUAUAGCAUUAAUGCGAAAAAUUAAUGCGAUUUUCCCUUUAAUUUUUUAAUGUGAAAAAUAUUUAUGCUUUAGGUAAAUUUAUACUUGUUUUUGCGGGCCAAGUCCACUUGUUUAUCAAUAAAUAGAAAAACCCCAAAUAUAAGGUGACUCAAAGACACAAAUAACAUAUUUGGACGCUCACAAGCGACAAUUAAUGUGAACCACAUUAAAAUUUUAAUGUGCAAGUGUGAUAACGCCCUAAGAAACAGACAAAAUGACAACUACCGUGUCAAGGUUAUGAAUAUCACGCAUGCAAUACAUUUUUUAAAUUCUUCUUGCAAGUCACCCUUUGAUUGUUUUAUAACGAUUUUUGCAUUUUUAACUUCUAAAAUAAUCAUAAAAUUAGGUUUAAUAAUCUUUUUAUCGAAAAUUGAAAUAUUUAAUUGAUUUAGUAUCAAGUUUUUAAGGAGGUGUCUCACAUUCCACACUGCUUUGUCCAACUUUCCAAACUGUCUCAAUUUAAGCAAAUUACCCUACUAAAUUUUUAUUUACUCAAAAAAUCUCCUUUGGAACAAAUUCUGAAUUAGACUAUUCUACCCUGUACUUCGAUAUUUCCAUUAUUUUGAAGAAACAAAUAUGUUUCUUCAACUGUCUCUCUACUGUCUCGCUUUAGACCAAUUACCCUAAAAUCCAAAUAGGGGAAAGUGCUCUCCCUUCCAACCUUCAUGCCUUCGAAUAAUGUGAAUUUCUUUUGUUUUUCAUAAGAGAUUUACACUAAAUUAUCACAGAAUUAUCAACAAUUGAUGGUAAGUCAACUAAUAUUUAAUAGAAAUGUGUAAGUCUCUUAGGAAAAAUAAAAGAAAAUUCACAUUAUUCGAAAGGAUGAACGUUCGAACGGAGAGUACUUUCCCCUAUUUCAAAUUUGCCAUACCUCUUGAAGGGGGCGUGACAUAAAUAAUUCUUGGAGGGAACCUACUUAGGAAGUCCUCUUUCUUUCUUUAGAGAUUAUUUUUUAAAAAUCAUGUACCACCGUCUACGAUAUUAUUCCACGGAAUAUUGCUGGUAAUUUGGAUUUGUUAUUAAUUAUAUCAAUGUCUUAGACUUUAGAAUAACAUGUAUCUUAUGCAGUUUACAAUGUUUUAAAAACAAUUGAAAAAAAAAUCAUUCAAUAGCAAUUCUACUGGAAAACCAAUUUCUACUGAUAUAUUCCAAUAUAAAAUAAAAUUAAUGAUGCUAUAUAAACUUCAACAACAAAAAAUAUAUACAACAUAAUUUACACAUAUCAAGAACGUUCUUAUUUUUUACAAAACUCACCCUAUCGAUACAUUUUUUCUUUUUUUGAUGUAGGAUAGAAGUGAGACUAACUACUCCUAAAUAUUGCAUUCUAAUGCAUAUUUUAUUUUACUCUUUAUUGUUUUAUUUCUUCUAUGGUUUUUUUUUUUAAUCUUUUGCCAUAUGAAACAUCAGCCAUUCUAAAAAGCAUUAACAAGAUAAAACUAUUAAUAAAACUGUGAUAAUGUCAUGAGAAAUACAUUGACUAAAUUUUUCUGCGUUAAUUAUUUAAAAAAAAAAAAGCAAAAAGAUAAAUAUUGAAAAAUUCCAAAUUUUACUUUGUAUUAUUUUUUUUCGUAAGAUGCACUCAAAGUUAUUAAUCACUGAAAAUUAAGCAUUGACUUUCUAAAAAGUAUGUUUUAUAUUUUUCUUUUUGUGUUUGUUGAGAAUAUGCAAAACAUCUGUUGCCAAGCAGACUAUUUAAAAAAAAAUUCACAACAUUCGAGCGAAUAGGGACCAUGCAAAGAUGAGAAAAUGAACCCAUACAUUUCUUUUCUAAUUAGAAAAAUUUUUAAACUUAAAGAAAAAAUUACCGUGAAUAAUUUAAAAAGAAAAAUUAAUCCCCUUUACAGACAAAUUUGUAUAUGGCAUUUUGUAAAAAGGAUAAAAAAAAAGAAUAUUAUUCACUUUAUUUGUAAGGGAUUGUACAUUAAUAAAUAUUAUACUAGGAAUAAGAAUUCAAUGGGAAUAUACAAAGAAUUAAAAAAAAAAUAUUGAAAUGCUAAUGUAUAAAAAAAAUGGAAAAGAAUAUUGCGUUCUAUAGUGAAUAAUGAAAAAGUGUCUUUACUUUUGUUGAUAAGAAAUCCCAAUUUAAAAAAAAAAAUAUGUAUUUGUAUACUUAAUAAAAAUUAAAUAAAAUGACUAAUGAAUAUUUCA